GAGAUGCAGACCCUCCAGACGAGAGCAACACCAACAAUAAAACCAGAAAUCAGAACUUGCUGCAUGGCCCCUACCCACCCACCCCGCCGGCCACACUGAGAGCCUCCAGCCUUCAGCUGUUCCCAAGGCACCAAGGCGAUUGCAACCCGGAACCCCUAAAGCCGCAAGAUACUACAAUAUGCCGCACAGAGACCCCGAGGACAACA